CGUUCUUCACAAUCCUCAUGCCAAGGCGCGCGAAGUAACAAAAGCCCACAUCAUAACAAAACCGAAACCCACUUCAUUCAUUCAUUCAUCUCACUCUCUCUCUCUCUCUCUCGCGUUCGGAGCUCAAUUUCCCGCCGGCGAAUUUUUCCGAUGAACCGAUCGAUCCAGCCGCCGCCGCCGCCGCCGUCGUCGGAGCAUCCAUUCCGAAGCCCCAAAUUGAGGAGAGUGUAUUCGGGAAGCGGUUCUCAUCACAUGAUGAACCCUGAUGUGAUCGAGAUUCCUCAACCGGCGUGUAACGCUUCUUCCAAUUUGAUGAAGCAGAAAGAGGCUGUUUUUCAUGGCGUGAUUGACAUCAGCAAUGAUGAUGACUCUGCUGAUUUAGUGUUAGUUGGUGAAAAAGUUGGAAAAAGUAACAAGGGGAAGACAGUUGAAUCUAUUCAUGAUGGUUUUGGUGAUCAUCAAAAUAUGGAAGUGUUUGACAGUAUAUUUUGUCCACCUGUUAUGGGCAAAUCUGGACCAGGUAGCGGGGUUGAGUCUUCCAAUGGUUAUACUUCAGGAUCACAUGAUAUAAUCCAUGUUGAUGACAUUUGUUCUGAUCAAUCAUAUGAUGAUGAUGACUUCUCUGAUCUUUUUUCUGAUGAUUAUAUGGACGUAGAUGAUUAUGCUAUACUACAGGCACAUUUUGAUAAUGUGAACAUACCUCCUGGAAUUGAGGCACCCAUUCCUUGGUUGUCACAAUAUGAUCUAGGUAAAAAUUCUGCAGCGACUUACUCAUCUCAGCCUUCAUGGUCAUUAGAGCCUACUAACCCUGAAAUCCAAGGACCUUCAGCUGGUAGUUCUAAUUUGCAAGUAAAAGUAGGUUCUAUUGAUCUCCCUUCCGGAAAGAAGCUGUCUUCUUCUAAGUUAUCUUCUCAAGCUGCAUCUAGUAAGAAGAAAUUAGAUGCCUCACAAUGCAGGAGGCGUAAGCUAAAGUUGGCAUUAGAAGUGGAGUCAUCUAAAUCUAAUUGGGUUUUGGGACAUUAUGGUAAAAAGAAGCCUGAUGUUUUUGGUUCUUCAGCUAACCAUGGAUAUAUGAACAAUUCAGAGGCCAUGAUGAAGCUGCCAUAUGGUGAGCCACAAUGGGAACUAUUUGAAAGUGAAAAGAAAGCUGCUGGAAGUAUCAGUUCACAUCAUUCGAAUUCUGUUGGACCUGUAGAUGGAUCAUUGCAUUUACCGGGAAAUGAGUCUGCAAACCCUUGGUUGUCGAAGAGUUCUUUUCAUUUUAAUCCAUUUUCUAAUUAUACAGCUAAUUCAAGUUUUUUCAAUCCAUUUGUUCCUCUUAAUGCCCCUCCUCCGGAGCUAGCGUUUCAUAACACUUGGGCGGCUCACAAUUACGCGAGAGGUGGAAAUAAUGGAACAUCUGAUAGUACUGUUGUGGCAAUCUCUGAUGAAGCCAGAGAUGAAAUUUUAAGGAAAUUUCAAAACUUUAAACAAUUUGACACCGUUGAAGACACUUCAGACCAUCAUUUUCUUCCCACUAAUUCUUCCAUGAAGCAGUAUCCAAAGGAUUGGGCUAAAAGAAUCCAGGAAGAGUGGAAGUUAUUGGAGAAGAACUUACCUGAUACAAUAUUUGUCAGAGUUUAUGAAUCAAGAAUAGAUCUUUUGAGGGCUGUGAUUAUUGGAGCAGAGGGAACUCCUUAUCAUGAUGGUCUUUUCUUUUUUGAUGUUUUCUUUCCCAGUGGCUAUCCCAAUGUACCCCCGCAACUCUACUACCACUCUGGUGGGCUUCGUCUCAACCCAAAUUUAUAUAAUUGUGGCAAAGUAUGCCUCAGUCUACUUAACACCUGGUCUGGCAGUAAGAAUGAGAAGUGGCUUCCGGGUGUUUCAACAAUUUUACAAGUUCUAGUCUCUAUACAAGGUCUAAUCUUGAAUACAAAGCCUUACUUUAAUGAGCCUGGAUAUGCACAUAUGAGUGGCUCGGCUGAUGGUGAAUUGAGAUCCCUACGGUAUAAUGAGGAUACAUUCAUGCUGUCUUUGAAGACAAUGAUGUAUAUGAUAAGAAGGCCUCCAAAGAAUUUUGAGGACUUCGUUGUUGGGCACUUCUGCAGCCGAGCUCAUGAUAUUUUGGUGGCAUGUAAAGCAUACAUGGAUGGUGCUCAAGUUGGCUGUUUAGUCAAAGGUGGGGUUCAGGAUGUUGAUCAAGGAGACAAGAGCUGCUCAAAGCAGUUUCAGUAUUGCUUAUCUGCACUUGUUAACAUGCUUGUUAAAGAGUUUACACAAAUUGGAGUUAAGGACUGUUUGAAGUUUGUGUCUUCAUCAACAGCACAGGACAAGCAGUUGGGUGAAGUGCCUGUGGCUGCUAUGUUUUCUUGAUAAACCCAAUUUUUUGAGACUUGAGAAAGGCUUUACUACAUUUAAUUUAUACAGCUAUAAGGAGGCUUAUGUUUUUAUUACAUUGUUGAAUUUAGACUCUCUUUAUUUUCAUGGACAAUGGCUGCACAUAGUUCUGGAUGUUGUAUAUACUUACAGAUGAAAUUAUAAUGGUUGUUAGGAUGGCAUAAGACUUUGAUCA